AGGAAGAGGGGCCGGACUGGGGCCUGACUAGCAGUCGCUGCGGCCGCGGUCUUCGCGGCUGCUAUGACCCUCGGGCCAGGCGCCCUGCUCACCUCAGCGUAGCGCUAGUCCCUGCCGUGCGCCUGCCGUAGCCGUCUGGGUACCCAGCGCAGCCACUCCCGCGGCUCCUUAGGCUCCUCCAGCGCCGCCGCCGAGGCGAGGCGGAGGCAAAGGCAGAUGAAGAUGACGGUAGAUUUCGAGGAGUGUCUGAAGGAUUCGCCCCGUUUCAGGGCUGCUUUGGAAGAAGUGGAAGGAGAUGUGGCAGAAUUGGAACUCAAACUUGAUAAGCUUGUGAAGCUUUGUAUUUCGAUGAUUGAUACCGGAAAAGCCUUUUGUGUUGCAAAUAAACAGUUCAUGAAUGGGAUUCGAGACCUGGCACAAUAUUCUAGUAAUGAUGCUGUAGUUGAGACAAGUUUGACCAAGUUUUCUGACAGCCUUCAAGAAAUGAUAAAUUUUCAUACAAUCCUAUUUGACCAAACUCAGAGAUCAAUUAAGGCACAGCUUCAGAACUUUGUUAAAGAAGAUCUUAGAAAAUUCAAAGAUGCCAAGAAGCAAUUUGAAAAAGUCAGUGAAGAGAAAGAAAAUGCAUUAGUAAAAAAUGCUCAAGUACAGAGAAACAAACAGCAUGAAGUUGAAGAAGCCACAAACAUUCUGACAGCAACAAGAAAAUGUUUUCGACACAUAGCCCUCGACUAUGUACUUCAGAUUAAUGUCCUUCAAUCAAAAAGGCGAUCAGAAAUCCUAAAAUCAAUGUUAUCUUUUAUGUAUGCUCACUUGGCCUUCUUUCAUCAAGGAUAUGAUCUAUUUAGUGAACUUGGGCCCUACAUGAAGGAUCUUGGUGCACAGUUGGAUCGACUGGCUGUGGACGCAGCAAAAGAGAAAAGAGAGAUGGAGCAGAAACAUUCCACCAUUCAACAGAAGGAUUUCUCCAGUGAUGAUUCUAAGUUAGAAUAUAAUGUAGAUGCUGCAAAUGGCAUUGUUAUGGAAGGAUAUCUGUUCAAACGAGCCAGCAAUGCGUUCAAAACUUGGAACAGGAAAAAGCCCGAUCAUACCAGACGCUGGUUUUCAAUACAGAACAAUCAGUUGGUUUACCAGAAAAAGUUUAAGGAUAACCCCACUGUGGUAGUGGAAGAUCUAAGGCUCUGCACAGUGAAACAUUGUGAAGACAUAGAACGGCGAUUUUGCUUUGAGGUGGUCUCUCCAACAAAAAGUUGUAUGCUUCAGGCAGAUUCUGAAAAGCUGCGCCAGGCAUGGAUUAAGGCUGUUCAGACCAGUAUUGCUACUGCUUAUAGAGAGAAGGGUGAUGAAUCAGAGAAGCUGGAUAAGAAAUCAUCUCCAUCCACAGGAAGCCUGGAUUCUGGAAAUGAGUCAAAAGAGAAAUUAUUGAAAGGAGAAAGUGCACUGCAGCGAGUCCAGUGUAUCCCUGGCAAUGCCAGCUGCUGUGACUGUGGCCUGGCAGACCCACGGUGGGCCAGCAUCAACCUGGGCAUUACCCUGUGCAUCGAGUGUUCUGGGAUUCACCGGAGUCUUGGAGUUCAUUUUUCAAAAGUACGUUCUUUAACUUUAGACACCUGGGAGCCUGAACUUUUAAAGCUUAUGUGUGAGCUGGGAAAUGAUGUUAUAAAUCGAGUUUAUGAAGCUAAUGUGGAGAAAAUGGGAAUAAAGAAACCACAACCAGAGCAGAGCACACAGGAGAAACAGGCAUAUAUCAAAGCAAAAUAUGUGGAGAGGAAAUUUGUGGAUAAAUAUUUUAUAUCAUCAUCACCUCCUGAGCAGGAAAAAAAGAUGUUCUCCAAAAGGUGCGAAGAAAAGAGGCUGAGCAUUUCUAAACUUGGGCCAGGUGACCAAGUCAGAGCAUCUCCCCCAAGUUCAGUCAAAAGUAAUGACAGUGGAAUACAGCAGAGCUCUGAUGAUGGAAGGGAAUCUUUACCCUCUACAGUGUCAGCCAAUAGUUUAUAUGAACCUGAGGGAGAAAGGCAAGAUUCUUCUGUGUUUCUUGACUCUAAACAUCUUAAUCCAGGACUCCAGCUUUAUAGGGCUUCGUAUGAAAAAAAUCUUCCUAAAAUGGCUGAGGCUUUGGCUCAUGGUGCAGAUGUGAACUGGGCUAAUUCAGAAGAAAACAAAGCAACACCACUUAUUCAGGCUGUGUUAGGGGGCUCUUUGGUGACAUGCGAGUUUCUCCUGCAGAAUGGUGCUAAUGUAAACCAAAGAGAUGUACAAGGGCGGGGACCACUACACCAUGCCACUGUCUUAGGGCACACAGGGCAGGUAUGUUUAUUCCUAAAACGAGGUGCCAAUCAACAUGCCCCUGAUGAAGAAGGGAAAGACCCAUUGAGUAUAGCUGUGGAAGCAGCCAAUGCUGAUAUAGUGACCUUGUUACGUUUAGCAAGAAUGAAUGAAGAGAUGCGGGAAUCAGAAGGACUUUAUGGACAGCCAGGUGAUGAAACUUAUCAGGACAUUUUUCGUGACUUUUCCCAAAUGGCCUCCAAUAAUCCAGAAAAACUAAAUCGUUUCCAGCAAGAUUCACAGAAAUUCUGAAUUUUUUUAAGAAGGGGAAAAAUUUAAAUCUGGUGACUUCCUAAUGUAUGGAUAUGAAAACUCACAAAUUUUUACUACUUUAAUUCUACUUAAUUUUAGUUGAUGUUGAGUAGUUUGGAAAAAAGGUACCCACCCAUUCAUUGGUAUAAAGUAAAACAGGGCUUUAGUAGUUUGAAGAGAAGCCUACUUUAGGACCUCAAAAAAGGAAAAGGGCCUGUUUAAAGGGCUAUUUUUAUAGAUAAAAGCUGACUCUAGACUUAGAUCAUCUUUAGGUUACUAGAUCCUAAGAGUUUAGACAAAAAUCUCUUUUUUUGCUAGUGGAUGGUAGUAUUGCUUUUUCUUCUAUGCAUUGUGCCUAGUGUCAUUCAGUUAAGCAUGUCUUGCAUCACUGGGAGCCGACCGUCCUGCAUGUCUCAAGAAUAUAUCUUUUCUUUAGUUUCCUGGAUAAUUUUUAGUGGUUCAGAAAUUGUUUUGUUUUGGUAGCCUAGCUGUCAUACACAAUAUGGAAUUUAAUUAUUAACGAGAGAGUAUGUUUCCCGCAUUUGCUCAUAAAUGCAGUUAUACUCCUUAGGUGUCUGGCUAUUGUCCAGUACUUUAACAUAUGGUCAGUGGCUGUACAGGUAGAUACAGCUCAGUCCUUCAGUUUUAUUCCAUUUUAUAAAGCAAAAAGAAGCCCUUAACAAUUUUUUAAAAAUCACCAAAAGAUUCUCAGUUAUAGAAAUUGUAGUUAUUCAUUGUUGGGUUGACUUCUUAAAAUCUUGACAAAUUUAUUGAUGUAAUAAAACUGUGUUUCAAAGGUUACUUGAAUGCUGCAAAAUUAUGCUUUCGUCAGAUUAUAACUUUCAAAGGAAAAACUGAUUUAUUAAAUAAUGUAGAACAUUUUUAUAUUUGAAAUUUGUCCUUCUCAAGAUACAUUUUUGCUGUUGGUCAUUGUGAAAGAAAAACCUCUUUGUAAAGGGAGAAAAAAACUUCACGUUUUUCUUAGCUUUAACUAAAAUAUGACAUUAAAUUGCCUUUUAAUUUUUCCAACAUCUAUCCUGUGUCCUUGGUGUACACAGUGUAUAUUCUUUUAAAUUGUAACAUCUG